AGGUGCACUCUAUGCAAGAGAAGGAAAAGCAAAUGUAUCCCAGCAAGGGGCAACCCUCGGAUGGAUGCACACCACAGAUGUCAGCGAUGUACACUCAAAAAUCUAGAUUGCAAAUUCGAGAAAGGAGACUCGCCAGGGACUGAACCAUCGAUUCGAGUGCCCCCUCAAAUCCCAGCGCGAUCCCCAAGCGCAACCAUCGAUUCUACAAGACGGUUCCCAGACCAUGCAGCUGUUGAUAAUUCCGAACUCUUGUCCCCAGCCUCUGUUCUGUCGCAGGGACUAUCGACACAUGUCAUUUCAGAUCAGUCGAAACGAGUUCUAUGGCCCAAUUUCCUAUCUCGGCUUCGAGAAGCAUUCUCGCUUGACCCCCACCAUGCUCCGGAAGAACGGGAGAUGGUUGCGAUGCAGGCGAGAAUGAUUCAACCAAAAGGGCUACACCCCUUCGAACUAGCAAGAUUACAAGCAGCCAUCGAUGCGUUUCCUCCCCGUCCAGUGGCCGACUUCCUGCUACACGUCUUCAUGAAGCACGCCACCGAUGUUUUCUUCUACUUCGAUCAAGCUCAGAUGCUCGCCGACGUUGAUGAGUUCUACACAAAUUCCAGCUCGCCUUUGAGACUGGAUUCCGCCUUUGUCUGUCUUGCCAUGGCCACCUUCGCUCUGGGAAGUCAGUGGACACCGCUGGAGAAGCCCGCAGGAUUCGAGCCUAGCCAACCUAAGGAGAACGUAGAUCUCGGGCGUGGAUUCGCCGUUCAUGCUAAGACCCUCAUACCAGAUAUCAUUGAGCGCUCAUGCUUGAGAUCAGUUCAAGCCCCAUUUGUCCUGGGAGUGUAUUUCAUGCCUGCAAGUGCGAUUGGGACAUCCUACGUUUACCUGGGACUAGCAUUACGAAAAGCUCUAGCAUGCGACCUUCAUCUCAACUCAGAAGAUCUGUCCAUGACUGAGCGAGAUCGAGAAGUGAGAUAUCGUCUCUGGUGGUCUAUCUAUUCGCUGGAACGUUGUACCACUGUGAAGUUGAACCGACCUCGCUCGAUUGAUACCCAGAUAAUUACUGCGCCAUGCCCGUCUCAGAGCGCCGCCAUUGAUCGAGCUCAAUCGUUCGAGAACCUCGAUUGCCAGCUGGCUUACGUUCGCUUGGUCAGAAUACUUGACGAAAUCGCCGGUCCUGCUGAUGGAUUACCCAGCUCAGCGGACCCAACCCAAUCAGCAUGGAAAGAUGAUCUCAAGGCAUGGAAGCGAUCACUUCCCCCUAAUCUGAAGCUCGACCAGAUCCCGCCAAACAGCUGGAAAUAUCGAGCCAUAGCCCAUCUGUACCUGAAUUACUAUUAUGCGAUGAUCACGAUGGGCAAAGUCGCCUUGGUAACUGUGGCUAGGACCAAGUUGAAACCGCCCGCCGAUCGUGACGCACCGGAUAUCAGCGACAAGGUCAAGAACCUGGCCAAUGAUUGCACGAAAGCUGCGAGGAAGAUCCUGCGGCUUUUCGAGAACUUGACGCGACAUCGAGUCAUCACCAGGUUUUCGUUCACCGAUUUCCAGGGCUGCAGCAUCGCAACUAUCGUUACCUUGGUCUCAGGAAUCUUGGAACGCGAUUCCGGGUACGACAGUCGGGUGGAGCUGGGAUUCAUGUGUCUGCGGAAGAUGGCCACGGGGAAUAUGACUGCCAAAUUAGGCGUGAGUUUUGUCGAAGCGGUGCAAUCGAUCACAAACGAAGCAGCAGAUAAGCCGCAACAGCUUGACAAUCCUGUCAUGUCUCGCGAGACUUCUCACUCGAAUACGCAUCUGGGCUACAAUCAGUGGCUGGAGUGGUUCGCGGUACAAGAGGACCCCAAAAGUCGCGAAUGCUGUGUGGUUCAUCCACGAGACGAAGCCCCUUCGAGGGAGGAGAGUAGAGACCGGCAUGCACAGUCAUGGUUGGCAGCGCCGGCCACCUGGCAAACUCAGAUGGAGCUGCACACCCCAGAGGCGUUGUCCAUCCCUCGGGGUUCUUCGAAUCUGUCUUCAGGGUCUAAUCCGCUUUUACCAAACGACUUUUUCUCCGGCCUACACAAUGAUGAGCAGUCGUUCUUGAUGGGACUGACUGGACUAGAUGCUCUGGGCGAUGCUUUGGAUUUCUCGGGUCUCAUGGACCAAAUAGAAUGA